AGCUGCAGCCCAGAUCACCCAGAAUCCAUGGCUCAACUUUCUGCCCAGAGUCGCAUGAAGCUGCUGGCCUUCCAGCUGCUGCUGUGGCACAGUGCACUCUGGACAGGACAAGAGGCCAUUCCCCUAGCUUCUGUCACCUCUCUGCCACCAACCCUGCCUUUGCCCCGGAGCUUCCUGCUUAAGUCCUUGGAGCAAGCGAGGAAGAUUCAGGCCAGGAGCUCGGUGCUGCUGGAGCAGUUGUGUGCUGUCUACAAGCUGUGCCACCCGGAGGAGUUGGUGCUGCUCGGCCACUCUCUGGGUAUCCCACAGGCUCCUCUGAGCCACUGCUCCAGCCAGGCCCUGCAGCUGACCAAGUGCCUGAGCCAACUCCACCGCGGACUGUUCCUGUACCAAGGCUGCCUGCAGGCCCUAGCGGGCAUUUCCCCGGAGUUGGCCCCCACCGUGGAUAUGCUGCAGCUCGACGUUGCCAACUUUGCCACCACCAUCUGGCAGCAGAUGGAAACCCUGGGGGUGGUCCCUGCUGGGCAGCCCACCCAGAGCACCAUGCCAGCCUUCACCUCUGCCUUCCAGCGCCGGGCGGGAGGUGUCCUGGCCACUUCGCGCCUGCAGAGCUUCCUGGAGACGGCUCACCUCGCUCUGAACCGCCUCGCCUAGUCUGCGAGCAAAGCCCUUUCCAGCCAGUUUAUUUAUCUCUAUUUAAUAUUUAUGCUUAUUUAAACCCACUAUUUAAAGGUGGAGAAGAAAAAGAUUUCUUAAUAAAGAAAAAUAAACAAAUAAAGACGGAGAAGAGGGAACAGAGCUCCAAGCUUCUAGGCCCUUCUCUCCACUCUGAGCUUUGUUCUCCUGCUUGUAGCAGUGAGGGCAAGCUCUUGUGUCCUCCCGUCCCCAGGGCUGGAGGGAGAUAGGUAAAUACCAAGUAUUGAUUCCUGAGGCUGCUUCAGGCACCCAGUUCUGUGGUUGUACAAAGGGGCCACAGUGAGCCCCACUGUCCUGAGACCCUGUCUCAGGGCCCCGGCAGCAUCAGGGGGUCUCCCUUUUUGGAGACUAGACAUCCCUGUUUAAUAUUUAAACAGCAGUGUUCCCAAACUGGGUCCUUGCAUCCCUUGCUCUGGUCAACAGGUUUCCCUGUCCCAUAGGAAUGAAGCCCCUGAAGAAGCGGAGGCAGCCAGGUUUGGCCCUGGAACUUACUGGGUUCUUUUUUAGGGCCUUGCUGAGCUGGGACUGGGAGUGUGAGAGGGAAAAAGCAGAGGGGACCCCUAUGGGGAGGGUACGCGGCACAGGAGGAAGCCUGCCUGUCCAACCUCCCUCUGGGUCCCACUUGCUCACUGUACCCAAGCUUGAGGAU